UUCAGUUACAAUGAUACCCCUCAGGGAGAUCGCUGUCAAUGGGCAGGCGCUGGGGUAGGAGGCAGACGGCCCGGGACCAGCCGUCUGCAGAGACACUUCGGAAAAUGCAGCCCCGGCUGGCUGCCUGGGCCCCUUUCCUGGCUCAAGCGAAGUCGGUGACUGUUGAGCCAUAUCCGCCGGGUUGCCCCGCGAGCAGGGGGAUUACGAGCGGCAGCAUGGAUCACAUAGGGGCUCACCACCUCCACCAGAGCCACGCCGAGCCCAUCAGCUUUGGAAUCGACCAGAUCCUCAACAACCCGGACCAAGGCAGCUGCAUGAUCUCCGGCUCCCGGCUGCAGGACUCCUCCGACUACGGCCUGAGCUGCAUCGUGAGCAGCGCCUACAACACCAUGACCGGCAGCUACGGGGCGAGCGGCGGCUCGGCCGGGGCUUACCCGGGGGCCUGCAGCAUGGCUUCCCUGCCGGGCUCCUACAACGUCAACAUGGGGGUGGCCAUGAACGGGAACGGCCUGAACUCGGCGGGGGGCGUGAUCCGGGUGCCGGCGCACAGGCCGCUGGCUGGCGGCGGGCACCAGCCCCUCUCCACCGGGAUGCCCACCGUGCCCUCGGUGAACGCCAUGAACAACCUCACGGGACUCACUUUCCCCUGGAUGGAGAGCAACAGGCGCUACACGAAAGACCGGUUCACAGUGGCCCUCUCACCCUUCACUGUAACACGCCGUAUAGGUCACCCCUACCAGAACCGGACGCCGCCCAAGAAAAAGAAACCCAGGACGUCUUUCACCCGGCUGCAGAUCUGCGAGCUGGAGAAGCGCUUCCACCGGCAGAAGUACCUGGCCUCGGCCGAGCGGGCAGCCCUGGCCAAGGCCCUCAAGAUGACAGAUGCCCAGGUGAAAACCUGGUUCCAGAACAGGAGGACAAAAUGGAGGCGACAAACUGCAGAAGAGAGGGAGGCCGAGAGACAGCAAGCCAACCGCAUCCUCAUGCAGCUCCAGCAGGAGGCCUUCCAGAAAAGCAUCAAUCAGCCCCUCCAGGCAGACCCCAUCUGUGUCCACAACUCUUCCCUCUUCGCCCUCCAGAACCUCCAGCCUUGGUCCGAUGACUCGUCCAAGAUCACCAGCGUCACCUCCGUUGCCUCUGCUUGCGAAUAGAGACCACAAUCCAGUGGUCCCCCCCACGCACACUGCGUUACGAGCCACCCAAGCUUCAGCACAGCCGGAAGCAUCCUUCUUCCCAACAGGAAACUACCCCUAUACACUGUCACCCAAGAGCCCCACACUUCCAAUGUGCCGAGACAGCAAAUAUCCUCUUGGCAGGAAGCAGGGGAGGGGGAAAAAAAUAAAGUCACCUGCAGGAUUAUUCAGAUAAAAGUGGCAUUUCCCUUUUUGUCUUUUGAAAGUCUCCAUUACGGACAAUGAACAACAAGGAGCUCCCUUAAUUAUUCCCAGAAAGUAAAGAUACGUUAGCCCCAUGUCAUCCUCUCAGAAUCCAUGGAGGAAAUCUUCCCUGGAUUCUGUCCGCAGCCAGUGCAGGCCUUUGGUUUCUUUGUAUACGUUUUUUAGACUGGUCAUUUAAAAUGAAAUAAUUCCCCCUUCCUUGAAAUGGAGCUUUGACGUUUCUUUAACAACCCCCCUCGCCUCCACCUGGGUCAUAGGCGCAAAAGAAAUGCACAGACUGGAUUCAACAAAUGGACAAAACAGCCCAGCUUUAGUCUUUUGCCUGGUGAUUUCCACGUGCAGGGGAAGUGAAUUCCUUGGAUUUCAUCUAGGAAUGUCUCUUCCUCCUUUUAAUUAUUAUAUUUUUCCAGUGGGGGAAUAAGAGAGGAAACUGACGGACUUUGAAGAUAGUAAGCACCAUAAAUAAUUGUAUGAAGAUUCCAAACUGUUUCCCUGGAUACCACAUGCUCUGCAUUGAUCAACUUAUAUUUUAAUAACUCUUGAAACAUCUGUGGCAUUCUGCAGAGACAAUGCAGUUUCAUUCAGUGGAUUAUUUUGGUAUUAUUUACAAAUGUUGUUCAAUAUUUUCUUUUACUUCUUUUGCUCUAGACGUCAGCUUAAGUUGGGGGGAAAUCUUUCACUUUCAGCUGUUUCUCUCAUUUCUUUAAUUGUAUUGAGGGAAGGAGACAUGCUUAAGUCAAGCACUUCUUAUAGCAAACUCCAGGAAUAUAUAUAUAGAUAUAUAUACACAGUAUAUAUUUUUCAGUUACUUAUAAUCUAAAACAGCACUGCCAAUUUAAGCAGCUGGUACAAACAAUCAAUCAAAAAUAUUUUCAGUGAGAUUUUUAAAGGCAUUUGUUUGUUUGUUUUAAGUUAUGCACUUCUAAGGUGUUUCAUGUGUAUUCAUUUUAUAAAGUGCUUGUGUAAUUUAUGUGGAUACAAAAGAAUAAAAAAAAAAAAAAAAAGUCCAGGAUACUGGACAAAUCAGCUAAGGCUUUGCUCUUGUUUUUGUACUGA